AUGACAAGCUUAGAAAGUGCUGUUGUUGGAGCUACUGCUAGUUCAUUAGCGAGCUUGAUAGUUUAUCCACUUGAUAUUAUGAAGGUCACGGUACAAACUCGACUUAAGCCUAGAUCAGACCCAGAAUUGGGAAGGUGUGUUAGUAAUCUAACGGCGGCUAAUCAACAGGAGAUUAAAACCGAGGAUAAUAAUGGAUUACUUAAAUUGUUGCGGAACAUCUACGAAACCGAAGGGUUCCAAGGAUUUUACAAAGGUAUUGGCGCUUCUACUGUUUCAGGUUUUGUACAAAGCUUCUCCUAUUUUUAUUGGUACACUUUGGUGAGAAAACACUAUUUCCGGUUAAACUUGAAAGAUGGGGUCGGAAGGAAGUUUAAUUCCGCUGAGGAGUUAAUGCUAGGUGUAAUAGCUGCCUCAGUAUCUCAAUUAUUUGUUAAUCCUUUUAAUCUAAUUGCAACACAGCAGCAGACGAGGAAUGGUAAGGAAAGCACGUUAGGUGUGUUAGAUGUUGUGAAAGAAAUUUAUCACGAAAGUGAAUCUAUCACAGGGUUCUGGAAGGGAUUAAAGGUAUCACUAUUAUUGACAAUAAACCCUUCUAUUACCUUUGCGACCUAUGAAAAGCUCAAGGAUGUUUUGUUCCCGAAUGAAGCCCACAAUACAGGAAAAGAACUAGUUGAUUCUAACUCAGCGCUCAGCCCUGCACAGAACUUCGUUCUUGGUUUGCUUUCCAAAGUGGUAUCUACUGUUGUGACGCAGCCUUUGAUAGUAGCCAAGGCUUCAUUGCAAAGAUCAGGAUCGCCAUUUAAGGGUAUCCAGGAGGUUUUCAGAUACUUGUAUAACCAUGAAGGACUGUUGGCAUUCUGGAAGGGAUUGGGAUUGCAAGUUCUGAAAGGCAUGCUUGUGCAAGGCUUGAUAUUCAUGUUUAAAGGGGAAUUAACAAAGCUAUUACGGUUAACAUUGCGGUAUAUUAAGGCUUUGCAAACCAAUAAGGGCUUACGGUCUCCACUCGUAACGCUAAUAUAUCGCUGA